UGCGCUGUGUUUCGCUCGCACGCCACCCUGAUCCAAAAUACAUCGUCAUAUUUGGCCUCUAAUGAUGUCAAACGCAAGGGCCGACGUCAGGAUGCAUUUGCUUCAGGAAAGCAAUCAGUUUGGUUAGCAUGUGAUUGCAUUCGACGUGUUCCAAUUUUACCGGAAGUCCAAGAGAGCCGUAAAAGGUCAUGCCUGAAGAAAAUCCUAAAGUUGGGGUGGUGGGGACCAAAAGAGCACUCUAUGCACUUCCUUCACUCACAGGUGCUAAUAACCACGAUCCGACAAAACGCAAAGCGCCAAGUUACACUUUUGGCCAUACCUGUCACUUGACCAAAGAGCACGUCUCACCUGGACCUGCCCAUUUUAUUCCCUCCAACAUCACCAAAAAUGGCCGCGAUGGAACACCGGCAUUUUCAUUUGGCAGACGUCGUAAGGAUUGGGCACUUGACGAAGUCCCUGGGCCCAACCGCUACCACAUUGCAAAUGCAGCCAAGCUCACAUUUCAUUCUUCACCUGCGUAUACGUUGUCUACUCGGUGGAAACAAGCAGUGCUAAGCAACCAGACCACACCCGGCCCAGCAGCCAACAUGCUGCCUCCUGUCCUGGGAUCCAAAACUGUGAACAUUCCCGCCGUGCCCUCACACACACUGAGUGGUCGCACCAAAGUUGGCAACUUUUUUAAUGAUUUGUCAAAGACUCCAGGCCCUGCGGCCUAUCAAGCUGUGGAUCCCAAAACCUACCUGACCAAACCUCCCCAGUACAGCAUGCCAGGACGUAACUUCCUGCCUACAAGCUUUACAAAGACGCCAGCACCUGGAGUCUACUGCCCUGAGAAGGUCAACUCUACACACUCAAAAGCUCCAGCCUUCAGUUUUGGAAGACUUCAUUCAGAAAACACCCUAAUCCCUCUUACGGACGUGGAUCGUUGUCAAAAGUCUAUAAAACUAAUUUAACUUCACACUGACAAAAGUGGUAAAAGGCAGCUGGUGGGAAUGAAACUGAGGGGUCAGUUGAAAGAUGACAUGCACCUUCUUCUUUAGACUCAGCAUCAUGUUGAGUCACAUAAUAUUAGUAAACACAGGAUAGAUAACUUGAUUAUGUCAUUUGUUGUACCAUAUUUAUUUUUCUUGAGUGCUGGUGUCUAGGGUGAGCUGGAGUCUAUCUCCAAUAACUUUGGGAGAGAGGCCAGUGACAUCCUGGAUUGGUUGCCAGCCAAUUGCAGGGCAUACAGUAUAUAGACAAAAAAAAAGAAAGGUGCACUUACGCCCCCCAGUAUGGACAAUUAAGAUUUGUCUGUGAACCUAACAUGAUGUUUCUGGAAUGUGGGAGAAAGCAGGAGUGCUUGAAGAAAAUUCAUACAGAACUCAGAAUUGAUGAACAGAUGUGCAAAUGUUUUCUAAUGAAAUUAAUACAUACGUGAAACCCCUUCUAUUUUGAGAAAGAAAAUAACAUGCCACACUAUCAUUUU